UUUCAUCUCAAGAAACAACGCGGAAAGUAUCAAGUUGGAUUCCAAGAUAAUCAAUUUCAGAUCUCAAGAGAUUUGACUAUGGAUCCUAUAAUUCCAAUUUGCUUUCUUCGUCACUUGCUGUCAAUUUUGAGUUAAAAUGAAAAACCCUAGAGAAUUGCCUCUGAUACUCACAGUUCAGGUCUAGGUUAUCUUCUUGGUUGGAGUUCACUUCUGGAAAGUUACAUUUCAUGUCCGAGUUAGACACACAACUUCCUUCUGCCUUUGUUGCUGAUGUUCUAUUGUGGAAGAGAUGGCGAGUUUCCUUAGGUGUCAUUGUUCUUGCAACACUUGCUUGGAUCCUAUUUGAGUGGACCGGAUUACCAUUUUUAACAAUUUUUUCAGAUGUCUUAUUGGUUUUGAUCGUAAUAUAUUUUUUACAGGCAAAUUAUGCUGCCCUGAGAAAUAAACAACCCCCAACUUUACCUAAGCUAUAUGUGUCAGAGGAGAUGGUUAAUGAUGUAGCAGCUUCCUUUCGGGUGAAAUUCAAUAAUGUGCUCCUUAUAGCUCAUGAAAUUACUGUUGGAAACAAUUUUAUAACUUUUAUCAAGGUGGUGGUUUGUUUGUGGCUCUUUUCUACCAUUUGUAACAUCAUCUCCUUCUUCACACUAGUAUAUAUUGGAACUCUCAUGAUGAUUACUAUCCCUGCAUUGUACAACAAACAUUGUCAAUCUUCAAAGCAUUAUACAGUAGUAGACGAAAGUGCUUUCAAUGGACUGACCCAUAAUAUAUCAAAGGACAAAGAGACAUGAUUUUCAAAGUUGUUCGACACAAUUCAUUUUUGUUUUGAGAAAAUUCACUACUCAAUUAUUUUAUUUUGUUGGUUAAA